AUGGCCGGUGUCUAUGGCUUCGCUCGGUUGAAAGACGAAACCAAGGGUUCCCUGGGAAAGAUACAGGGUUACGAGUUUUGCCGGUCCAGACGAGGCUGUCUCGUGGCCGGCUACUACAGACCACACAGAAAACAGCAGUUCGCGGCAACCAUCAUGGACACAAAAGGUGUCAUCUCGAAAGAAGGCUGGCUGGCGUGUGGGUCAGAACAGGACGGGAUCAGGCACAACGUGAACGAUCAAUCGGGCAAUAGUGCCAUCGGCUGCCUCGAUUUCCUCAUCGACGCAACAGAUCACUGA